CGUCCAUUUGGAAGGCGCUGGGAAUCUGGGAGGGAGGCCUCUGCUGGAUCUGUGUGUGCUAAAAGACUAAAGAACCAUGGCUGAAGGAGUGGUGAGCUUUCUGAAGGACUUCUUGGCCGGUGGCAUCGCCGCUGCCAUCUCCAAAACAGCUGUUGCGCCCAUUGAGAGAGUCAAGCUGUUGCUCCAGGUCCAGCAUGCCAGCAAGCAGAUCACGGCCGAUAUGCAGUACAAAGGCAUCAUCGACUGCGCCAUAAGAAUCCCCAAGGAACAGGGCUUCCUGUCGUUCUGGAGAGGCAACCUGGCCAACGUCAUCAGGUACUUCCCAACUCAGGCCCUCAACUUUGCCUUCAAGGACAAGUACAAGAAGGUCUUCCUCGGUGGCGUGGACAAGAACAAGCAGUUCUGGCGCUACUUCGCUGGUAACCUGGCCUCCGGUGGUGCUGCUGGUGCCACAUCCCUCUGCUUCGUCUACCCUCUGGAUUUUGCCAGGACCAGGCUGGCCGCUGACAUUGGAAAAGGUACUGCAGAAAGAGAGUUCACUGGCCUUGGCAACUGUCUCGCAAAGAUCUUCAAGUCUGAUGGUGUCAGGGGUCUCUACCUCGGCUUCAACGUGUCUGUCCAGGGCAUCAUCAUCUACAGAGCUGCUUACUUCGGUAUCUAUGACACAGCUAAAGGCAUGCUGCCAGACCCCAAGAACACGCACAUCGUCGUCAGCUGGAUGAUCGCCCAGACUGUCACAGCAGUGGCUGGCAUCAUCUCCUAUCCCUUCGAUACUGUCAGACGUCGUAUGAUGAUGCAGUCUGGACGCAAAGGAGCUGACAUCAUGUACAAGGGCACAAUCGACUGCUGGAAGAGGAUCACCAAAGAUGAGGGCCCAAAAGCCUUCUUCAAGGGUGCUUGGUCUAACGUGCUCAGGGGCAUGGGCGGUGCCUUCGUGCUUGUCCUCUAUGAUGAGAUCAAGAAGUACACAUAAACAUUCUCUAUCCAAAUUUGUCCCACUGAAGGAGGAGACCCUUAACACCAUGUUUUGUCUUAACCGUGUAACGUGAUACCACCACCCAGCACAAGGAGAGGGAUAAAAGCACGUCCCACUACUAAACUAAACCAGCCCAGAUUGUGGCGCAUGUGUGAGUGUUUGAAAGAGCGAAUGUGAGCAGCCACUUCAUCACCCACUCCUAGACCUGUGUAAAUAUGUUUAAACCCUUACCAUCGUACCUCAGAUGUUCCCAUCUGUUCCGACUACUCUUGGUACUUUUGGAGAUCUUUAAAUUAGUUUUUGGGUUAUUUAUGUUUUUUGUUCCAUUUAGAAACCAUGGCUAGUGCUAGAGCGGAGGGCUCUGCAGCGGCUGUACACUGGAAGGUCGACUGUUUUUCGUGGCAUUGUCCACCUUAUACAUGUUCUUUUAAUAAAAAUAAAAAUAAAUAAUUCCA